CCAUUACCAACAACCCAACUCACAUACAUCGACAUACAUCAUCCCCCCCUACCUCCACUCUGCAAUUCCCACAUCCCAAAAAUGGGCAACUCCGCACUUUCUUGCAUCCCAAGUCUCUCUUCUUGCGCAGCCAAGAAACACAGAGCUCGGUUCGUUGCCGGUAAUGGCGCUGAGAAGGUGGAGCUCGAGGCAACCACCUUGGCCAAGGAUAUGUCUGUGGAUUUCUCUGCUCGGUCUGUAAGCCAUGGAGGGCAUAGUUCACCUUAUGGUUUAAGUUCAUCUAAAAACGACGCCGUGCAAGCUGGUGGUGUUAAGAGGAUUAGAUUGGUUUUAACGAAACAACAGCUUCAGCAAUUACUCACAAAGGAAAUAUCAUUAGGACAGGUGAUUACAGGGACGGAGACGACGUCGUUUUUCUCCGCUAAUUUGUUAGAUAGCGAGAAGCGGAAGCCGAGGCUCGAGACCAUUGAGGAAGAGAGUUGAGUGAGGCAUGAACUUCUUUUUCUCUCUCUCUCUCUCUCUCUUUUUUCUUUUUCUUUUUCUUUUUUUUUUUUUGUUUGGUUGAUAUGUGAACUUGUCAUUAUGAAUUUCG